AUGAAUGGAAACAGUGAGCAAUUCAUCAUAGCCAUAGACUUUGGCACUGCAUACAGUGGAUAUGCAUUCAGUUUUGCACCCAAAGGGGCAGAAGUUGAUCCCUUUUUGAAGACAUGGGGUAAAGAGCUCGGACUGGACACUCCAAAGUCUCCAACCUGCAUUCUGUUCAAUGAAGACGAAGAAUUUCUCGGGUUUGGAUAUGAAGCUAAAACAGUUUAUAUCAAGAUGCGAAGUGAAGAAACAAAGAAACACUACUUCUUUGAAAACUUUAAGAUGAGGCUCUAUGACAAAGAACUCAGCAGAGAUAUGACUAUUGAAGCUGCAAAUGGGAAGACGAUGAAGGCUUUGAAGGUGUUCACAGAAGUUCUGAGAUACCUGAAGGAUAAUGCACAGAAAACAAUUGCCAGAAACACAGAAGGGAGGAAGUUCAUACCCUCUGACUUCACCUGGGUGCUGACUGUACCUGCCAUCUGGGAUCCUUCAGCAAAGCAGUUCAUGAGAGAAGCUGCAGCUCAGGCAGGAAUCAUUACAGAAGGAACUCAGCACCACCUGAUCAUCGCACUGGAACCAGAGGCAGCCUCAGUCUGGUGUAAGAAGCUGCCAGCUGAUGGCUUCAUCACUAAGAACCAUGAUGGAGGAUCACUGUCUCAAGGAACACAGUUCAUGGUGGUGGACUGUGAAGGUGGAACCAUUGACGUCACUGUUCAUAAAGUCCUGGAUGGAGGAGCCCUGAAUGAGCUACACAAGGCCUCAGGAAAUAAUUUGGGGGGACAAACUGUGGACAGGAAAUUCAAAGAGUUUCUAAGAGAAAUCUUCAGUCAUGGUGUCUGGGAUGAAUAUGAGAGAAACUUUCCCAAGGUAGCUCCUGGAGUGGGGGUCUCGCCUCCCUCAACCCCGCUUUCCUGGACCUGGGCCACCUGCUGCUGGUACGACGUUGCCAACUGGCCCGCCACUCACUUGCCUGCCUCCCCACGCCUCGACAACUCCCCGGGCCUUCCGCCCCACCUGUCCCCUCCACCUGAAACAAAUUGCUGUUACAAUACACCUCCCCUGCAGCAUCCCAGCUGCCAGCCGAACACACUCACAACAAAUAACAACCACACAACAGGACCCUACAUUGCUCUUAAGAUGGCAAGGCGUUAUUACAAUCCACCAUGCCGCUUCCUGGGUUUAAACGUCCGAAAUGUUAACAUUGGCAUCCUCAAAAGAGUGACCAUUGUCCGUAGGAUGCAGAUGAACAGCCGAGUCUUGUCCCGUUGA